AUGUCCGCUGCCGCAAAUGAGCGCCACCACCAGAUCGACCCCAGUCUGUCGGCCUUCACAUCCCAGCAGCCCCCGACGCGCCCACACCAUCUGUCGCCACCGCCCUCGUCCUCCUUCGCAAACAUAGAAGGCACGGCUACACAAGACGAUAUCCAGAUCGACCCAUCACUUUUCGAGCUGGAGAAAGUGGUCAAUGACUUUCGCAAGGGCAGAAUACGCCUUGAUGAGGAGAGCGAGAUGGAGCAAAGAGAAGAAGAAGCGAUUCCGCACGAUGAGGAACAGGGGUCUCAUCCUCAUGACCAUGAGCGACCCGAUGAAGUAGACCAAGAGGACAUUGUUGGACACUCAUUGGACGUGUCGGACAGUCUUCAAGGGGAUGUUGAGAUUGAUCCAACAUUGCGCGAGAUCGUCAACAGUCUUACCAAUGCCCAACAGUCUUCACAUCUCAACAAUUCGGGCAUGUCAUCAGCUCAAGCCGCUGCUGCAAUCGGCGCGCAUCUAACAGAUACGGAUGCGGAAGAAAGAGAUAGACUUCAUCAAAGUCUUCAGAACACGCUAGAUGAUCUCACACAUGCCAGUUUCAACUCUCUUUUCCCUUCCAAUUUUUCUCACUCCCCAAGCCACGAGUUCCUCAGCUUGAAUGACCACCACAACCUUCAUGACGAGGACGUUGAUAUGUCUCAUUCUUCACUCGACGUCAACUCUGAAGCUGGGCCCUCUUCCGCCCCGCUUGAUAAUCAAUCACCCCUUCCCGGCUCUGAUCCAUCCCAACCUCCGCUCAAGCGUGGCCGAGGUCGCCCAAAGGGCUCCAAAAACAAGCCCAAGCCCGGUCCUCCUCCUCCCCGCAUCCCCAAGCCUCCCAAGCCUGCUGCUCGCCCGAAAGGCCGGCCCCCCAAACCAAGAACCCCGGCCGAGCAGGCAGAGUAUGACUUGAGAAAACAGGAGAAGGAAAUGGGCGUCAAACGACAAAAGGGACGGCCUCGCAAGUUCCCGGGGUAUCUCGUGAGGGAGAUGAGGCUGAAGAAGAACCGGGACGAGUUUAGUGAACUCAUGAGACAAUUCGACGACAAGAAGGGUGAUGCAAAGGGGCUCAAGCCAGAGGCGGUAGCAGAGCAGAUGCGACUGAGAGAAGAGGAGGCAAUGGCUCGCGGGUGCGGCGACGACGACGGCGACCUGCGCGACCGAGGUCUCAGUCAUGAGGAACAUGACUUUGCGAAUUGGUCGGUGCAGGACAAUCAGACCCUUCUGGAUGUCGUGGGGGUGGCUCAGCACGGGAUGGACAUGGGUCUCUCACCAGGAGGAGAUGGUCCAAGUCACGAAGAGAUGGAUAGGGUCUUUGGGCUGGAUAGUUAG